AUGGAUGAAAAUAUAGGUUUAUUAUCGAAAUCAAAAUAUAAUAAUAAUAAUAAUAAUAAUAAUAAUAAUAAUAAUAAUAAUGACGAUAUAAAAAAUAAUCCUCAUUCAACUUAUUAUAUAGAUAGUUUAAUUAAUAAUAAUAUAGACAAUGACGAUGAUGAAGAUAAUAGUAUAGAUAAUAAUAUAAAUAAUAUAAUAAUAGUAAAUAAUCAACAAGAGGAAGAGGAAGGUGAUUUUAAAGAGAUAAACAAUGAAACGGAUAAUAGCAAUAAAAACAUAAAAAAAGGAUUUAUGAAUAAAGUUAAAGACCAUAUAGUAGACAUAAAACCAUUUUUAUUGUAUUGUUCAUUUUCAUUUUUAUUUUCAUUCGAUCCAUCCGAACCAUUUUUAGUUGAUUAUUUAACAAAUGUUUUACAUAUAAAUCAAAAUAUAGCAAUUAUUAUUAUUGGUAUGAUUGCAAAAGUUUUAACUUUGGGAGUAUUAUUGACAACAAAUAAUAUAGUUUGGAUGAUUUUAGAACAGAUUACAGAAGGAUUAGCAUAUGCUGCUUAUAUUGUAUUCCUUGCUUACAUUUAUUUCAGUUUAGAUACAAGUGACUAUCAAAAGAUGGCAUGUAGAGUAAAUGCAGGUUAUUUGGUUGGAGUAGUAUCAUCGGGAUUAUUGGGUCAGUUUUUAGUUCAACAAAGGAUAUCACUAGUAUUACUUCUAGUGAUUGCAUGUGUCACAAAUAUUUUAGCAUUGAUUUUAGCAUUAGGUUUCACAAAUUAUAAAGCCGAAAAAAGGUUUUCAUUUAAAGAGGUAUUUUAUGAUUUAAUAAGUACCUAUAAAAACACCGAUAUUCUAAGAUGGUAUAAUAAUAUUCAAAAUUUAAUAUUAGUUUUAUUUGGGUUUUUAGGAGGAGGGUUAUUGGUCAUUAUGGGUGUUGGUACAAAUACAGUUGUAAGCGCUCUCAGUUUUAUUAUUUAUAAUUGUUGCUUCGAGUUUAUGUCCCCAAUUGUAAAUGUUCAAAUUGCAAAAAAACUAUCGAGUAGAAUUGGUAUAUUAUUUUCAUUUAAUAUUAUGAUGGCACUAACAAUACAAGUACUGGUGCAAUUUGCAGUGGGUAAACAAUUUUUAAACCUAGAUAUCAAAACUCAAUUUUACUAUUAUGGCGCCUGUCUAUUUAUACUAUCCUUUGGUUUUGCAAUUUUAUUUUUAUUUUUAUUUUUAAAAUCAAAAUAUUAUAAUUUAAAAACAAAUAGUAAUAAUAACAAUUCAUUAAAUUUCAAUGAAAAACAUUCACUUAUAAAUAUCAAUAGUAAUAAUUUAAAUAUAAAUGAUAACGAUAAUAAUAAUAAUAGUAUUAAUGAAAAUAAUAAUGAUAAUAAUAAUGAUAAAAAUCCGGAUAAUAUUGAAUACUAUCAAUCUUUUAAUAGUGAUAAUAAUAAAUCAUAUUCAUAUAUUGAUUAUGAAAACCAUAUAAAUAAUAAUAAUAACAAUAAUAAUAAUAAUAAUAAUAACAAUAAUAAUAAUAAUAAUAAUAAUAAUAAUACAAAUAUUAAAAUUAAUAUUAAUAAAAUUUUUAAAGUUUAA